AUGUCCGUUCAAUUAUCCACUCACGGUGAAACUAAUAUGGGGAGUUCAGUAGCUGAGUACUUUUUCGAAGGUGCCGAAAAGUUGCUAGAGCUAUGGUUCGAGAGCAGCCAGCAUGAAGAGAAAUGUUCGCUUCGAAAUAUUCCACGAAGUGAAUUAGACGCUAUGCUCGACAUCGCUCGUUGCAAAAUCUUGCAAUCAUCCCAUCAGAAAGAGCUGGACAGCUACGUUCUGAGCGAGAGCAGCUUAUUCAUUUCUGACCACCGCAUUAUUAUGAAAACAUGCGGAUCAACUAGAUUGCUUCAAGCACUACCAGUGAUUCUAAAUCUAGCAAAGCAAUACUCAAACCUGGACAAUGUUGUGAGCGUCUAUUAUUCACGCAAAAAUUUCCUCCGACCAGAUCUUCAACCAGAAUUGCAUUUCAACUUCGAUUCUGAAGUUCAAUACCUGGACUCCUUUUUUGAAGGUGGUCAUGCAUAUUGCAUGGGUUCAUUGAAACAAGAUCGUUGGUAUCUUUAUACAAUGCACAGACAACAACAGCAUGCACCACAAAAAACAGCAGAUAACACUCUGGAGAUUCUUAUGACUGAUUUGGACGAAAAUGUAAUGAAAACAUUCACAAGAGAGACUUGUGAUGAUGCUAAGGAAUGCACUGAACGAUCCGGCAUAGAUCGUUUGAUGCCAUCUGAUUUCGAAAUUCAGGACGAAUUGUUCGAUCCUUGUGGUUACAGCAUGAAUGCCUACAAGGAAACAACAGACCAAUAUGCCACAAUUCACGUAACACCAGAGAAGGCGUUCUCGUUUGCUUCAUUUGAAACAAAUCAAGAUAGCUGGUGUUUAUACAAACAAACAAAGAAAGUUAUUAAUACUUUCAGACCCGGAAAGUUGUUGAUGACUGUAUUUGCAAAUGACAUGUCAGUGAAAGGCAAAGAUGCUCAACAACAGUUAUGGGAUCGCGAGCUACCAGGCUAUCGUCGAACAAAUUUACAGUUUGUUCGUUUGGAGACUGAGACUCUCGUCUAUGCUAACUUUGUGCGCAAGAAUUGUGAUUCUUCAAGCGAUGAAGAUGAUGGAGCUCGUAGCGAUUGA